AAAUAAGGGCUAAAAUAAUUGUCUGAAAUCUAGGUUCUAUUACACAGAUACGAUUUAUUGUUUAAACUCGAAUGACCUUUAAAAUUUCAGUAUUCCAUUGUCUCAUCGCGCAGUAAAUCGAGUUUAAACGUACACGUUAAAAUCAAACGUCUCUGACCAAUGUGAGGCUUAUAUUUACAUUAUAUUCAAAUAUUUAGCAAAAUAAAAAUUUGUACACGAAGCUCUUCAAGAUGAAAAUGGAGAAGAGCUUUGAUGAUACUUUCGAUGUAUUGAAAGAAGCAUGUACAAAACUACAAAAACUUUGGGAUCGGAUUGGCUAUAGUGAAGAAGCAAAGGGAUAUUUCUGUACCACUGUACAUAAUCAUGUAACGGAGUUACUGAAGGAGAUGGUAAAAGAAACAACAGAGAAGGAACAAUUAUUUAUACAACAAAUCCAAGAUUUAAAUCUCAAGAAAAAAGAGUUGUCCAAGGAACUUCAAUUGGAAGACAACAGCAUCGAUGAAGAAUAUGUGAAUCUAUUGCCAAUGCGUAACUCAUUAGAAUCUGAAGUUGAUCAUCUGCGUUCCAUUAAAGAUCGGAGACUUAAAUAUUUCCAUGAGUUACUAGAAACUGAACUUGAAAUUUGCGACAGUCUUGGUACAUCGCCAAGGGAAUUACAUUCUGUGGUUCCAACUGAAGAGGAGCUUCAAGAAUUUAAAGAAUAUUUGGAGCAACAGAAAACUGAGAAGAAUCGACUAGAAAGUAUAUUCCGAGACACGCGACGCGCAAUUAUUAAAAUGAUGGAUGAAUUACGAAUCACACCGUCGUUGGAUUUUGAACGUGUUGUGUGUAACGAUGAUGAGAAUUUCGUUUACACAAGCACUAACAUGGCCAAUUUAAAGGAACUUCGAGACAGUCUGAAAGAACAGGUUGAAGAGGCCAAAUUUCAAGCUCAACAAAAGAGGGAGGAAUUGAUAACUUUAUGGAAAUAUUUAGAAGAGCCUCAACAUUUGUGCGAAAAAUUUCUCCAGACGUAUCCCGAUUACAAUGUCACAACUUUAACUGCUCUGAACGAUGAAAUUAAGCGAUGUAAAGAAAAAAGGACUGAGAACGUGGCAAAGUAUAUAAAAAAAAUUCGAUUACAAAUACAGGAUUUAUGGGACUUAUGUAAAUAUAGUGAAGAACAGCGAAAGGAAUUUGUUUUCUUUCAUUCGGAAGUGUAUACAGAGGACUUAUUGCUCCAUCACGAAUUGGAAGCUGAGCAACUUCGCAAGUUUUAUGAAGCUAAUAAGUCAACAUUCGAACUUUUGGUAGAGCGACAAAAUCUGUGGGAAAAAAUAAAAGAAUUAGAACAGCGCGCUAGUGAUCCGGGGCGCUAUAAUAACCGCGGUGGGCAGCUGCUUGCUGAGGAAAGGGAACGUAAACAAAUUCAAAAGAAAUUACCAGUAAUCGAGGAAAAGUUAAAUAACUUUGCUGACAGAUAUGAAGAAAAAAAUGGAACCGUAUUCACUGUUAACGGAGUACCAUUAGCUGACUUUCUUAAACAGACAUGGGAAGAUUACGAGAAGUCGAAGGCUUCCAUGAAAGAAGCUAGAAAGCAUGCAAAGGAUCAAAAUAAUAAAACACAAUUAGGCUCUGCGAAACGUACACCAGGCAGAACUGGUGUGGCCGGUUUAACACCGGCUUCAUCAAAGCGGAAGCUGCCUUGCGAACCCACUCCAUCUUCAAUAAGUUCCGUGCAUAAGAAACGCACUGCAAGCAGUGACAAAAAUCGUCCGAAAGUGAUUUCCGCAAAGAUAAAAAAAGGCAGUAGGGCAUCGCGGAGAAUAUUCAACAAUUCUGGAAACAGGAAUUCCCAAACAAUGCCAUCUGAAAAAAGACGUAAGAGAAAGUCCAGUUCCAUGAAUGUGACAGAUACAUCGUAUGGACGUUUUCAAGAGCAUUUGGAGCAAAGAGAAGAACUGCGAAGCUCUUUUUUGCCAGAACAUUUACUGAAUAAUGUAACCAACAAACAGAAAUCGAAAACACCAGUAAAAACGCCAGUAAAACCAUUGAGAGCGAGCCGCCUGACUGUUCCAAGUCCGCGACAUAAUUUUAAUACGCCGAAUAAAUCACAAAGUCGAGUAGGAAAUCAAUCUGUAUCUCGUACACCGCGCAGCCCAAGAAUAGUCACCACGCCACGACUUGCCACCGCACCCAGUAAUUUGCCUAUUAUUUUUUAACGCCGUUAAAUCUUAUGGGAUUAUAAUAUUUAAAAUCAGAGGAUACAAAACAUUUUUUUAACCCUGAUAUCAACAAAAUAUAUAUAAGCUUUGAUUAAGAUAGAGAUAUCUAAGUUUUAAUUUAUGAUAGUAACCCUUUUAUAUUAUGUUAAAUGGAAAAAAAAGUUCUAAAAAUUGAUAUCGACAAGAAGACAUUGCUUAUAUUACUUUAUUAUUUAACAAUUUUCUAUUGCGUAGCUGUGCAACGCACUUUAUAUAAGAUGUGAAAAGUAAUUUUAUUCUUACAAAUAAGUAUAAGUCCUAUUAAUAAGUGCAAAUGCGGCAACUUGUUUUUUAACGAAAGAAUGUAUGAAAUUAAAAAAUAAUUCGUCAACAAU